AAGAAGAGACACAGAAGCUUUUCACUCUAAAGUCAAUGCUUGUGUUCUCCACCAGGUUUGGUCUGAGAAGCCUGCAACAUCAGAUCUGGAUUCCAUUCAGAGAAGAGUCAUGAUGAGUGCUUAUGACCCACACAGACUUGUGAAUUUGGCAGCAAUGAGCCUAGUGAAAGAUGAGGCCUUGGCCAUCUCCUCUUUGGAGUAUCUGCCCAUGGAGCUCUACCCACCACUAUUCAUGGCUGCCUUCUCUGGAAGACACAGUGAGACCCUGAAGGCCAUGGUGCAAGCCUGGCCCUUUGCCCGCCUGCCUCUAGGAGGCCUGAUGCAGAAGCCUCACCAAGGAACCAUACAAGCAGUGCUGGAUGGUCUUGAUGUCCUGUUGGCCCAGAAAGUUCACCCCAGGAGAUGCAAACUGCGGGUGCUGGACUUGAGAAAUACUGGCCAGGACUUCUGGAACAUGUGGUCUGGAGACAUGGACCAUGUGCCCUCAAGCUCACUGAUGGCACCAGUGGCUGAGGACAUGUCAAGGACAAAGCACCCAUUGACUCCCUUGGUGGUAUACAUAGAACUUUGUCUCAAGACAAAGACCUCGAUCAAAUUCCUCACCUACCUCCUCAGGUGGGUGGAGCAACGGAAAGGCUCCAUGCACCUGUGCUGUAAGAAGAUAAAAAUUAUUUCAAGGUCCAAAGAAAACAUUAAGAAAAUUCUCAGUAUGGUGAAGCUGAACUGUGUACAAGAGGUAGAAUUGAGUCUCACCCAGAAGCUGUCCACCCUGGCCAAGUUUGCUUCUCUCCUGGGCAAGAUGAGAAAUGUUCAGAGACUCCUUCUCUCCCCGAUUCAUGGGUCUGUUGCUGAGGAACAGGACCAUCAGGCUCUUCUUCAAUUUACCUCUCAGAUCCUCAGGCUGCAGUACCUCCAGGAUCUCCGUAUGGAAGGUCCAUCUUUCCUCGAAGGCCGCCUGAACCAGAUGCUCAGAUGCCUGAAGACCUCCUUGUACAACAUCUCAAUAACCAACUGCCUGCUUACAGAAUCAGACUUGGCUCAUCUGUCCCAGUGUUGGAACAUCUGCCAGCUAAAGGGCCUGAAUCUGAAUGGUGUUACCUUGACCAACUUUCAUCCUGAGCUCCUCCAAGUUCUGCUGGAGAAAGUUGCAAGCACUCUUGAAGAGCUGGACUUAAACCUGUGUGGGAUCAUGGACUCCCACCUCAUGGCCAUCCUUCCUGUCCUGAGCAGCUGCUCCCAGCUCAGGGUCCUCAGCUUGUGUGGAAACCUCAUCUCCAUGACUGUCCUGGAGAGUCUCCUGCGUCAUACUGAUAGGUUAUCUGCUUUAAGUCUAGAGCUUUAUCCUGCCCCUCGGGAGAGUUACAGCUCUCUGGGUAUUCUUCACCAGGAGAGACUUGCCCAGCUAAAAGCUGAGCUUUGGGAGAUCCUUACAGACUUAGGGCGUCCCAGGAAGAUUUGGGUUAGCCCCAGCCCCUGUCCUCACUGUGGUGAUGACAUGUGUGAUCACCUGAGUCCCAGUGCAUAAUACUGUAAUACCCUGCUUGCUGCUGCUGCUGCCAAGUCGCUUCAGUCGUGUCUGACUCUGUGCAACCCCAUAGACAGCAGCCCACCUGGCUCCUCUGUCCCUGGGAUUCUCCAGGAAAGAAUACCUGAAGUGUGUGGCCAUAUAUUUCCUUCUCCAAAUACCCUACCUAGGUGGUUCCUUCUAUCAAAAACUUUCUUCUGGAUACUUGGAAACUGAAAUCCAGGGCAUAGGUCCAUUAUGAAGGGAAAAUGCACCCCUGGUUUCUGAUAUCUGCUCAGUGUGAUUGAAAGAAGCAAAUGUAAUCCAGCAGGGGUGCAGGAUUCUAGAAGGAUGUGUUGAUUUGGGUAGUUGCUGGGGACUUUUAGAGAUAUAUUUAUAAAGUCAAAUAUGAACUUGAAUUUCUGGAUGAUUCAGUUUGAGUUAUUUCUGUAUGCACAGUUGUACAAGUGAUCAGAAAUAAAGAGACCUUCAUUGUAAAUGAAAAA